AUGUCGGACUCCGAGCUCUCAGAAGCAUCGACCACCCCAGUACCACCAGACAGUGAACUCGAGAAAAGUCUUCGGCGCGAAGUAGUGAAAGCACAGCGAGCAGGCCUCGAAGAUCCUACAGUCAAUUCGAUACGCGCCGCUUCGGAGGAAGCGCUCGGCUUGAAGUCAGGCUUUUACAAGGCCAACGACGUCUGGGUGGCUCGAAGCAAACAGAUCAUCAAAGACCAAUUCGUGAGUCUACAAGACGAGACCCAGAGCUCUCCACCUCCAACAUCGAAGUCUCCUAAGCGUAAGAAGCGCGCCUCCGAAGAGAAAGAGCCGUGGCCGAGGAAGAGAAAGAAGGCUGCAAAUGAAACAGAGAAGACCAUCUCUUCGGAUAACUUAUCUUCACCUCCGAGUGACAGCGAGUUCGACAGUCCAGAACAGAAGCCAAAGAAGAAACAACAGAAGGGGAAGGCCUCCAACCCCAAGAAAGCCACAGUGGAUGGUCCCGAUGCUGAUUCAGAGAAGAACGACCAACCAAGGCAAGCUGCUAAGGCCUCUUCUACAGCAAACGCCACAAAGAAGACGACUAUUCCGUGGUUGGAGGACUCUGACAGCUCACUGUCAGAGUUAUUGGACGAGGCGCCAGCCCCUAAAAAGCGCCAAAAGCAGAAAGGUUCGACAGAGAAGAAACCUGGCAAGAGCAACUCUGCUAAAAGCAAAGCCGAAGCAGACGUCGAUCCUGACCAAGCUGAAAUCAAGCGCCUUCAGGGCUGGCUUGUCAAGUGUGGCAUCCGAAAGGUUUGGGGCAAAGAGUUGAAGCCCUAUGAGACCUCGAAUGCCAAGGUCAAACAUCUGAAGCAGAUGUUGGCGGAUGCUGGGAUGACUGGUCGGUAUUCCGUGGAAAAGGCGAACCAGAUCAAGGAAGCGCGAGAGCUUGCUGCUGACAUUGAGGCGGUCCAGGAGGGUGCCGAAAGGUGGGGUGCGGAAGAUGAUGACAACGAUGGUAAGGCAAAGGACGACGGACGCCCAGCCAGGCGGUUGGUGAGAGGAGCGAAGAAUUACGACUUUCUCAGUAGCGAUGGUGAGGAGACGGAUUGA